UGAUAUAAAAGCCUAUACAAGUUUGAUCUUAAGACAUCAUUAGUUGUUUGCAUCUAUCAUCGUAAGGAUCCUUUCAAGUUCACAACAACAAAGAAAAACAUUCGAUAACACCAUGAAGUUUUUCAUUUGCAUUCUUGCCUUAUUUGCGCUGUCUUUGUCAAGAACCCAAGCCAAUAUUGUUCCAUUAGCAUUAAAUCCAGUUCUAUACUCUGCCGCUUUUGGAUCAAGCCCAGUUGUCGUUUCAGCUCAAUCACCUGUCCAUCUUUAUAAUGCACCACUUAUUGUACCGUCAGUUGGUUUGACACCUCAAGCUUCCUAUGUUGCGAAAACUCCUGGUUCUGAACAUAUUGCCUCACUUCCUGGACAUUUCAUCUCAUCUUCUUCAAUCAAUUUAGAACAAGCACAAGGAAUCAGUACUAACGAAAACAAAAUUAUCAAAUAUUCCAGUUCAUCACUAGCGCCAUCUGUAGCUGUACAUGGAUCAGUUAUUCCUCUUACUUAUUCUUCAUUUAUUGUUCAACCACCAGCAUCCAUUGUCCUGCCAACUCAAGCCACCUAUUUGGCUAAAAAUCUUGGAGUUGAACAUAUUGCUCCACUACCAGGUCAUAGUAUUUCAGCUACUUCGUUGAACUUGGAACCAGCACCGGGAUCUCAAUACAAAAAUUGAAUUGAAAUUGAAAAAUUGAAUAUGAAAAACUUAACAACAAAUAUUAACUUUCUUAAAGAUUUUUAAAUAAAUCGUGUUCUUGUAAACAACAACUA